AAUACGUCCCAGUUUCGCGCCCGUCUAGUACUAGACAAGUCGACUUUAUCAUUCAUUCCCCUCAUUUUGCAUUUCCUUGGUCCAAUUCACAUAUCUAAUCAUGUAUUAUCUUAUCGUACUUUGUUGUUGUAGCAAUUUCACACAAACUCCAUUGAAGUUAGUCCACACGCACCUCUUCGUUUCUAAAUAUGUGUUAAACAUGUUAUCCUUUCCUGCAAAGAGUGUCUUGUGUACAUUUUCGUGACUCACGACGAGGUAUUCCACAUUUUAAGUUACAUUAACAACGAGCGUCAUUUCAUUAUUGUGUUUAACAUGGCCGGUACUAUUAGUGAUAGUGAAAAAACAGUGCAGUGCUGCAAUUAUAAAAACGGUUUUGAUUUAAAUAUAAGCGAUGUUCGCUACAGUUUCCAAAGGAGUUGGGUUAAAACAAAGAAGUUUGGUAGCAGAGUCUUAGGGGCUAAUAGUUUACGAAGAGGGGCUGGUGUUAAUGUGCAAGACGAUAAUGGUUAUACACCACUUCAUCAAGCAUGUUUGAAUGGUCACAGAGACAUAGUCCGCGUCCUAUUGGCAGCAGGGGCGUCACCAUGCAUGGUGGACAAGAAAGGCGCCACGCCUCUUCACCUGGCCGCGUUCAACGGUGACACAGAAGUCUGCUGGAUGGUCCUCACUCACAAGAACCCUUCCGUUAACAUCGAUCAGCUGACAUCAGCCCACGAAACAGCACUACUGAUAGCAGCCCAGUUCGGCUUCGUGAAUGUGGUGGCUCAACUGGUGUCUCUAGGCGCUGAUGUGACCAUCAAGAACAAUAACGAUGAAAGCCCUUUGGAUCUCGCUGCUCAGUAUGGCAGGUUGGCGGUGGUACAGCACCUACUGAAAGUGCGUCCGCAUUUAGUUGAUCAGUACCGACACGCCAACUGCCGGGAUGUGGUCUUCACAACAACACCAUUGCACAGAGCCAGCAAAACCGGGAGAAAGGACGUGGUAACAGCCCUCAUAGACGCCGGAAUGGACCCCAACGUCCGAACUCACAGUGGAACUCCCCUACACGAAGCCGCUCGCUUCGGCAAACCCUCAGUGGUCCGCAUACUCUUAAACAAAGGCGCAGACCUUCAUGCUCAGGACUCGAACCGUAAAACCGUAUAUGACCUCCUCGCUGAGUACCCUGAAGAAGCGACAGUGAAAGUCAGGAAAGUCAUACGAGGUAUGUUCGAAGCAGAAUAUGAGAACCUCAUGGGCAAUUUUGACAGCGACAAAGAAUUACCACCGUUCCCCGUACAAGACUACAGUCCCGACGCCGUAAUGACAACGACAGAGACCCAGAAAAAUACUAACAAUAACGAAAGCUUUUUAUCUCCAUCAUCAUCGUCUCUAACCAAAAGUCACCCUCAAAGUUUUGUUAAAAAGCUUGCUUCAAAAUGCUUGGGCCUGAAAGCCAAGUUUAAUUCAGCUCCUAACAUCUCUAACAAUUCAGCGGAAGUCGAUGUUAAUAAAUCUAAACAAACGGAUAACAAAAGCAAUUCAAACACCUUGCUUAUUGGGAAUAGUAAAUUCUUUAAAAUGUUGUCGAAAAAGGAGGAAUCUGGUGAAAUAGUAUGUAAUGAUGAAUUUGACACUAUAUCACUAGAUCGUUUAGGUACACUCAACAGAGAUUCUGCGGUAAACAGAAGUAAUAGGAGCUGUCCUGGAUUUAAAACAUCUUUGCCUAAUAUAUCGGAAAAUAAUGAACUCAGCGAUUCGGAAAGUUCCAUUCCCGACUCUGUGAUAAUAACAGAAUUAGACUGUCACAAAAGUAACAAAGAAUUAAACGUUAAUGAAGCUGUUAAUAAUACAAUGAAACUAAAUAUAUUUGAACCCAGGGAAGCAAAUAACAGACGAUCAGUAACAUCUGUCGUGUCUGCAGAAUCUACUAAUUUAGUGAAUGAAUGCUACGAGCCAUAUGAGUUUUCUAAAGCGAAUACUGGUGGUAGUAUCAAGAAAUUAUCCCUUCCAAAGCCUCCUCCGAGACCAACAGUAAGGGCUGGAACAAAUAGUACUGAAAAUAUUUAUGAAAACGUCGUUAUGGAGAUUAAAACUAUACCGAAACCUGCUGCACGAAUUCACAUUCCAGUAAAACCACUCGAUGAAGUUGAAAAGAAAGUUUUGUAUGAAAAUAUAUCAGUCAUUCAGGAUAAGAAACCAGAGCCCGUCAAACGAACUUUUAUUUCGAAAAAACUCAGUCGUGAGAGUUUUGAUGAAAAAUCUUCUAUUCAUAGUAGAUCUUCAAGCUUAUCGUCGGAUUCGAUGAUCGAUGAAACUAAUCUAGAGGAUAUUUUACUAUCUGAAAAAUCAAAGUCUUUUCGACCUCGUAAAGCUUCUUCUUAUUCCACAUCGAAAUCUCAACUCUCCAGAGCUCAGUCAAAUGCGUCAGAUUCUUCAGAUUUGACUGAGGCCAGUGCAUUAGAAAAUGUGGAUUGUAGCGGUGAUGCAGAAGAAACGCCUUUGUACUUGUCCAUGACUGGGACCCUGCCAAAUAAGAAAACAGAUAGAGUUGGUAGUAAGAAAGUUCUGUUUAGACAUAAAACGUUUACCAACAUUGAAGUAGAUAGAAAUUCGGUGAAAGUUCGAGACUUACCCCAGUGGAACAAUACGUUUUUGAAGGAAACUUUAGCUCAUUAUCAUAUAAGAGGUACUGGUCACUGCAUCUAUAAUGCACCUACAGUCCAAGAGUUUAUUUACAUUUUCAACAGGGACACUCUUUAUAGCGAUGUGCCACCGUUUACUAAAGUUCCAAACGACAAACGAGACAGCUAUUUUGAAACAGCUAUUUGCUUUUGUAGGCCCAGACCCCGUAAAUUUCACAGUAGUGCUGAAGAUCUUUUAGAUAAAACUAAUCAAGCUGAAGAUGGAAAAGUAAGCAUUGAUUUUGAAGCACUUAGAAACAGAAGUGAAUUGGUAUCUUCGUCAUUUAAGUGUUACUGUGAUUCAGGAGCCUGCACGUUACAUUCAAACAGGCGUGAUUCACCUAUUGACUUAGUUGUUAAAUUCUCUGCUAUUAAAAAGAGUAUUUCAACGCCAGAUAUAACAUUAGAUUCAUCUCCUUAUUCGACAGCAUCCAAACCAUACUUGCCGAAAAAUAAGUCGGUGCCUAGCAACUUAGAAGAACCAUAUGCUGUAGUUAGUCUUGAUGAUAUUAUCGCGAGAAAUUCAAAUCAAAGUGACAAGAAAAAUGAGUUAGAAAGCCCGGUUUACGCUACAAUGUCUCACCCCUCUACUCUUUCAUCGUCUUCGUCUGCACGUCCUUAUUCAAUAAAGGAUAUUGCAGAAGCGAUAUCAUUAAACGAUCAUUCAACAUCGACCGCCUCUACUCUAUCUCACGCUUCUGGUUUGCACUUGCCUGUAAGGAAAUCGAGCUCCUCGGAAUAUUCCGGUCAAUGGUCACUUCACACCUGUAGUUCUAACGUCACUAUCAAAUCUGAUGCGUCAUUCAAGUCGUGUAUGGAAGACUCUUCAGAUGAUUCGGAUGAUGGUACCUUGCAUUCGGACGAGGAAGUUUCUGAUGCAGAAACUGUGAAAUCAGAAGUAAGCACAGCAAAAAGGCCGUGGGUUCACAGUGACUCUUUCAGAUUUGGAAGUAAUUCUAAACCUGAAAUUGAUGUUAUCGUAGAGGAAAAUACUUAUGAGGAUAAAUCGGUUUCUUCUUCGAAAUAUGAAAGUGGUAUCUGCUUAGAAGGAUCUGAAAAUUCGUCGUCUGAGUGCGAGGAUGAUAGUGGUAUUCCGAGGGCCGAUGCAGAUGUGUCGCUUGAUUGUGCUUCGCUUGAGCGGGAAUCGGGAUUGGUCGGGGGUGUUCGCAGCGGGUCGGGGCGACGGCGUUGGGACGAGACGGAGGGGACGAGCGAAGGCGAUGCGCUGAGCGUGUCCAGUGCAGCCUCUAGCUGUGCGCCUCUACUUUUGGCGCACCAUCACCACGAAUACAGCAAAGUUUCGCCCACCCCUCCCAAGAAACCUCCACGGAGGAACCUGUCAGUGUCCCCCACCCACGCCAACUCCCCUUCAUCGGGGUACAGCUAUGAGCUGAGGCCUCACGCAAGGAGUCAGGACGAUUUGGACGACAUACAGGGUGCUAAACACUACCUCAAACACGGUCGGUCGGUGGACCAAUACGUCGACGGCAAACUAUCCUACUCAGAAUACGAGGAGAAUCACAACUCUCCUAGAGUAGUCCCAGUUCCUAACCCUCGGCCAAGCCUCAAACACCGCUCACAACCAGUCGCUAUCACGGCUAUGUACGAAAACGUCGCCAUAAAAGAACAAAACCCCAGAAGAAAACUCAGAAGGAACAACUUCGUACCCUCACAAGACAACUAUGAACAGAGAAUGAACGACAACAGAGUCAGAAAGUACUCAAACCAAGAGAAGUCUUCCUUAGAAAGUUUGUUAGACGAUCAGUCGAUGAACAGUCCGAGCGACUGUGAGCGGUAUUAUGAGGGGAAGAGGGCCUCUAUUCCGUUGUCGCCGACGCAUUACGAACAGCCACCGACCCCUGACCAUCCGCCUCCUUCGGCCAAACAGGCUGAGAACUGCAUACAUGAAAGGAUUCGGCCUUUGAGCCAGGAAUACAAGAGAAGAUCAGUCCUUCGGGACAGUCAGACGGAGACUGAGGUGAACCUGCUCAGAGCUGCAUCAGCGGCGUCGGUAGCCAGUGGAGCUACUGAUAGGAGCGGCAAUACUGACAACUGCGUCGAAGAGUACGUGUGUGAUGUGCCUUUUGCUGGCCUCUUCAAAGGCUCAACAACAACGCUAGACGGGAUCGGACUGCGGCCGAUGCCAGCAGAACGACCCAAGACGUUGAGAAAGCUGAAGUCAGUAUACGACGCGUCCCCGACUGAGCCACCCCCACCACCUCCUACGAACUUAAGCAGCAAUGGACAGGCUCCGGAGAGGAACGUCAACGGAGUGGAAGACGAAGUUAGGAGACGUAGUAAUACUACCAGCUCGACGCAGAGUGGGGAUAAGUCGCUCUCUAUACUUAGUCCGUUUGAUGAGCAGGAGGAAUGGGCAAAGAUCUCAGAAAUAAUGGCAUCGUUUGGCAGCAAGCUCGUGAGGGAAUCCGUGUUUGUGUCAGAACUAGAACAGGAGUUCACUUCAAGACUUGGUCUGAGUUGCUCCGAGUCUAGUCUGAGUCCAUCUGUGGCUUCGAAUCUUGGACUUUGGCUGUCUGGCAUGGGAUUACAUGAUUAUGAGACGCUGUUCUUAGAAAGUGGCUAUGAUGAUAUCGAUUUUGUGAACGGUAUCCUAGACGAAAACGACCUCCGAGAAAUGGGUAUAGAAGAACACGAUAGACAAAAAAUACUAGAAUCAGCUAAACAAUUACCUCUUAAAAUAACUGAAAUAAGCAAUAAUCAUAACAAUAACAAUAUAAGUAAAAGCCAAAACGAAUCUGUAGAAGAAUGGCUAAGAAAUAUUAACUUAGAGCAAUAUAGUGAUACUUUUAGAAAACAUUUGUAUGUAGAUAUGGAUAGAGUGAAAAGAAUUUGGGAAGUAGAACUGACUGCAGUACUGGAAAUACAGAAGGCUGGACAUAGGAAAAGGAUUCUGGCAUCAGUUUCUGGACAGCACAAUGGACCGGCUAAUCAUAUGGAAGAUAUCAAUGCUGAUCUCAAUACUUUGAAGAGCAACAUACAGCAGCUGAAAGAAGAAAUCAAAGAGAAGUUACCACCUUCAGAAAACUUAAAACCUGUGCCACCUCCCGUGGUACCAACCUUGGCGCCCCCUGGUGGCGAAACCUUAAAACGUAGCAAAAAGAACAGGCCUGCUCCUCAACCGCCAAGACCUUCGGACUUGGAGAUCAGAGCACCUUCGGAAUUGCUGGUCGGAGUGCCUGGAGCGCUGAAGACUCAGUGGAAGCAUCAGCCAUUUGUGCUGGUCACAGGGGCUGUGACUUAUGUAGCUAAUUACCUAGGAUCAACCGUAGUGAAAGAGCUUCGAGGCACGGAGUCUACGAAGAAAUCCAUACAGAAGCUGAAGAAGUCUACCAAAGAACCGAGAGACUCCCCGGACAUCAUCCUCUCUAUCAGCUAUAGAGGCGUCAAGUUCCUAAACACUAUUACCCGGGAGUUGGUAUGCGAGCACGAGAUCCGCAACAUCCAUUGCGCGUGUCAGGACGCAGAUGACCUGACUCACUUCGCCUACAUCACUAAGGACCACACCAGCCGAAGCCAUUACUGUCACGUCUUCAGAGUCGCUACCAUGGAUCAAGCGACAGAAGUAAUUCUGACACUCGGCGAGGCUUUCGAAGUAGCUUACCAAAUGGCACUAAGGGAGCAAUCGAACAGAACCAGAGUGACUCAAUCCUUAGCUAAGACUCCAACUCACGACCCGAUGACCACGUCUAACAAGGAGAAACCUAAUGUCAACCACGGCAGAUCACAUUCCAUAACCGAGAUUAAGUUAAACGGACAUCAGUUGAAGAUCGCACCACUCCCUGCUUCGCUGUCUAAUGAAGAUUUUCAAGCAGCUACAAGGAACUCUGAUGGCUCUAAAAGUCCUAGAACCCCACUCCUCAAGGCUCCCAUAGCGUCUACCGAAGAAUUGUGAAAGCAAAGGUAUUGUUAACUAUACUGUUUAAGAUCAGUUUCGUAAAUUGAUAUAGUAAUAGUUGAAGUAAAUUUUGAAGUUUUUGAUGUUGAUUAAUUUGGCUAAAAUGUUCAUGGAAUUGUCUUCCCGGAAGAUAAGCUUCCUAUUAUAAUGGAAAUAUUAAAUGUAAUAACGAAAAUAUAAAAUAAAUCGAAAUGUCUCGUCUGCUAUUGAUCGUUUUCGAAAUCGAGUCAGACAUUUUGGAUUUGUGUAAAAACCAAAAACUAUUGUAAGUGUCUAUAGCAUGUUUUUUACUAACAUUUUCUUUGGAAACGCAGUUGAUAAAUAAAAUAAAGGAAGCUGAAAAAUCUAGUUGAAAUUAAACUUUUGCAAUGUUUUUAAUGAUAUUACUCGAAUUUUGAAUCGAUAUUUUAAACUAGGUUUGGAAAUUAGUGUUAAUUUAAGGUUGGCACACAUUAUUUGUUAGGUGUAAUUGUUGUAAGGUACUAAUAAAAACAUAGCAAUCAAAAUAUUGUUUUAAGUAUUAUUAUGUGUUCAUUUGGAAUUGCUACAAGCGCGUUCGUUUAUUCUUUAAGAAAAAUAAUAUUUGCUAGUUUUUUAUACAUUGCGUAUUUACUAUUAUUGUGCUAUAUGACGAUAUAAUGUGUGGCAGCCUUUAUUGGACCAGCUUCGAAAUUACCAGAAUUCGCUGGUUCAAGACUAUUAUAAAGGACUAUUUGUAUUUCAAUUUGGACACUGCUUUUACGUACCAUAACCUUAUUUAUAUGAACUAUUGUAUAAAAUAGUUAAUUGAACAAUUUUACUAUUGAAUAGUAAAAUUCUAGGGGCUGUUAUAUUUAUACAUAGUAGGUUUUUAUUGAUUGUAUAUUUUUGUUUCUGUUAGUAUUAUGCGAAUGUUAAGUGCAGCUGUGUAAAUGUUUUCUCCAAUGAUGCGUUGAAAUAAAGUUUUAUGUUACUUGAUGAAAUUGUCGUUAGCUUUUGUUUAAUUUUACGCGUUUUUGGAAAAAUCAUAUUUGGAUAUUUGGGUAGGCCUAACUAUAUAAUCUCGUUUAGCAUAGUUACGUUACCAUUUUCGGUGUCGUAUGUUAUUGUAAUUGUACAUAGUUUUAACUUAAGGGUUUCCAUAUAUUAUGAAGAUGGGUUGUUAAUAUAAACACAAUCUUAUGACGAGAAUAAAGCGAAUACGCCUAAAAUAACAUAUAGUACAUAAAACAUAUCAAACUGAUGUUACAUGUUAUUUAAAAGCCAGUUUAGCUAGAUCUCUACUCUAUAUUGAUUUACGAAGCAAAGUUUUGUGAUUCGCUUGCAUGUAGAGGCCUAUUUAAAAUGGUCGGCAGUUUGAAAUUUAAAAAUUGAGCUUCCGAUGUUAAUUUUGCAAAUAGUUUUAUCGAGUUAAAAAGUACAUACAAUAAACGUGUCUAAAAAUGACGAAAAAAAAAAUGUAAUUUUGAAAUAAAUAUUUUGAUGUUUUCUUCAAUUAAAGCAACUGUUUGCUCAAGCCAGUGGCGUUUUACAAUUGUUUUAAAAAGUUCGCUAAUUUUAAAAUUGUACUCUCUUUUGUUAUUUUCUAUGACGUUGUAUUCGUUGAUGAUUUGACGUUAUAAUGUAUAUUCUGACUUUAAAUGUAAUGUUAAAUUAUACAACAUGACGUCAAAUUAUUAACCCUAAAAAGUCUGAUUAAUUGAUUUGAGAUUUGUGUAAUCCAUGUGAUAAAAAAGUAAAAAAUAUACAAAUAA